AGACGAGGGUCUCAUCGAGGGUCUCGUAAACCACCCCGGCGUUGUGCACUCGCCUGAGUAUGUCGCGGAGAUCGACCUGAUGCGGGAGGGUGGGAUCAAACUGGAGCUAGAGGCACUCAGUGCACUCGACAGAGACUGUUUGCGCCGCUAUGUAUCAUACAAGGCCCAAAACGCCGACUACAUAUGACGA